GCUGUGAGAGGCUCACAGCUCUUCCUGCUCCACGAGCAGCUCCCGCCCCUUCAUCCAGCUCCAAGGAAGGAAGGAGGAACUGCUCGAGCCGCAUGUGUUACUUCCAGUAUGCUGCUAAACCGUGCUGCUAUGUGACUCCCUGGGAUUAUUUAGCUAGUUUUGCGGUUGGUGGGAAGUGAGGUUAGAAAGUUUGGAAUUACAGUCGGUGUUCUGGGGGGUGAGGGGCGCGUAGGGAAGGUGGUGCAAGUGGUUUCGGAAGUGGAGCGUGGCAGCGAAAAGGAAGGGGUGGGGGGGCUUUUCUUUCCUGUGUGAUAAAAGAUAGCUCGCUUCGCUUGCUUGCCACGACGGGACUGACGUAAAAUAUGGCGGAGCAUCACCCGGUUUCCGACAACAAACACAAAUCCUCACUGAACUCCGGAGCGUCGUAUUCGGGGAACGGGCGCAGCAGCACGGCGGUCGCGGAGAGUGGCAGCAACGCCGGGGCAGGAGGAGGAGGUCUGUCCGGCGGCCUGUCGCAGCCAGCCGGUUGGCAGUCCUUGCUGUCUUUUACCAUCCUGUUCCUGGCCUGGCUGGCCGGUUUCAGCUCCAGGCUCUUCGCUGUCAUUCGCUUCGAGAGCAUCAUUCACGAGUUUGACCCCUGGUUCAACUACAGGUCGACUCACCAUCUCACCACCAAUGGCUUCUAUGAGUUCCUCAACUGGUUUGAUGAAAGAGCCUGGUACCCUCUGGGUAGGAUAGUAGGGGGCACGGUGUACCCAGGCUUGAUGGUCACAGCGGGCCUCAUCCACUAUGUGCUCAACCUGCUGCACAUCACCGUUCACAUCCGGGACGUGUGUGUGUUCCUGGCUCCGGUGUUCAGCGGCCUGACCUCCAUCUCCACCUUUCUGCUGACGAGGGAGCUGUGGAACCAGGGAGCGGGGCUGCUCGCAGCCUGCUUCAUCGCCAUCGUCCCCGGCUACAUCUCCCGCUCCGUGGCUGGCUCUUUCGACAAUGAAGGCAUCGCCAUCUUUGCCCUGCAGUUCACCUACUACCUCUGGGUGAAGUCUGUGAAGACGGGAUCGGUCUUCUGGACCAUUGGAUGCUGCCUCUCCUAUUUCUACAUGGUUUCAGCUUGGGGCGGUUACGUGUUCAUCAUCAACCUUAUUCCUCUUCAUGUAUUUGUCCUGCUUCUCAUGCAGCGCUUCAGUAGGAGAGUCUACAUAGCCUACAGCACCUUCUACAUCAUCGGCCUGGUCUUGUCCAUGCAGAUCCCCUUUGUGGGCUUUCAGCCAAUCAGGACCAGUGAACACAUGGCCGCAGCAGGUGUGUUUGUGCUGCUUCAGGUCUAUGCCUUCCUGCAGUACCUGAAGGACAGACUGACCAGGCAGGAGUUCCAGACUCUGUUCUUCCUGGGAGUCUCUCUGGCUGCUGGAGUGGUUUUUCUCUCUGUCAUCUAUCUGACAUACACAGGGUACAUUGCUCCAUGGAGUGGGCGCUUCUACUCCCUCUGGGAUACUGGCUAUGCUAAGAUCCAUAUUCCCAUUAUAGCAUCAGUAUCUGAGCACCAGCCCACCACCUGGGUGUCCUUCUUCUUUGACCUUCACAUCCUCGUCUGCACCUUCCCAGCAGGCCUCUGGUUCUGCAUUAAGAACAUCAACGAUGAACGUGUCUUUGUGGCCUUGUAUGCCAUCAGUGCUGUAUAUUUUGCCGGCGUAAUGGUGCGUUUGAUGCUGACCCUGACUCCGGUGGUGUGCAUGCUAUCGGCGGUGGCCUUCUCCAGCGUCUUUGAACACUACCUGGGAGACGACAUGAAGAGACAAAGCCCGCCUGCAGAGGACAGCAGCGACGAGGACGACAGGAAGAACGCUGGAAACCUCUAUGACAAGGCUGGUAAGGUGCGUAAACACGUAUCAGAGCAGGAGAAGACCGAGGAGGGCCUCGGCCCCAACAUCAAGUCCAUAGUCACCAUGCUGAUGUUGAUGCUGCUCAUGAUGUUCGCCGUCCACUGCACCUGGGUCACCAGCAACGCCUAUUCCAGCCCCAGUGUAGUACUGGCGUCAUACAACCAUGAUGGCUCCCGUAACAUCCUGGAUGACUUCAGGGAGGCCUACUAUUGGCUGAGGCAGAACACGGACGAGCAUGCCAGAGUGAUGUCCUGGUGGGACUACGGCUACCAGAUAGCAGGCAUGGCAAACAGAACCACGCUGGUCGACAACAACACAUGGAACAACAGUCACAUAGCACUGGUGGGCAAAGCCAUGUCAUCCAAUGAGACUGCAGCCUAUGAAAUCAUGAGGUCACUGGAUGUUGACUAUGUCCUGAUCAUCUUUGGAGGGGUGAUUGGCUACUCGGGUGAUGACAUCAACAAGUUCCUGUGGAUGGUGCGCAUCGCAGAGGGGGAACACCCCAGGGACAUCAGGGAAAGUGACUACUUUACCCCGCAGGGAGAGUUCAGAGUGGACAAAGCUGGUUCCCCCACCCUACUCAACUGCCUUAUGUACAAAAUGUCUUACUACCGCUUUGGAGAAAUGCAGUUGGACUUCCGGACGCCACCAGGCUUUGACCGAACACGCAAUGCUGAGAUCGGCAACAAGGACAUAAAGCUGAAGCACCUGGAGGAAGCCUUCACUUCCGAGCACUGGUUGGUCAGGAUUUAUAAGGUCAAAAAGCUGGAGAACAGAGACCGCGUAGAGCACAAGCUGCGAAGCACUGACACCACUAAGCAGAAGUACACCACCAAAAAGACAGCCAAGAGGAAGCGGGGCUACAUCAAGAACAAGCUUUCCCUCAAGAAGGGCAAGAAACUGACCAAGAAAUCUUUAUAGAAAGUCCACCACAGAGGCGCAUUGUGGAUGGGAGAGAGGAAAAAUCUUAAACACAAAACUUUCAACAAAAACAAGCAGCAACAAUAAAUCCACCAAUCAAGAUGAAUAAGGAACACCAGAGGUUCUCCAGACCCCUGUCACACCGAGCGUCCUCACCUGGAGGUCCGGGCUGAAAAUGUUACCAUCACCUAGGAGACUGCGUUGAACCCGGCUGACCUUUAACCUGAUAAGCGGGGUCAAGGAGGCGGAGAACGGGAGAUGUUGGCUAGUCUGAGAUCUUCCCCACACUGGUUUUAACCUGAGGAACUGUGACCUUUGACCUGCUUUUUUUUUCUUUUCUUUCUUUCUUUUUUGUACUUGAACGUGAUAGGAGACAGAGAGAGCAAGAGAGAUUAGCUGUCCUGAACCCAGGGAAUCAGUCUGGGACUGCUCUAUGCGUUGCAUCAUUCGGAUAGAAAUCACACCCUGUAGACGAGCCUAUAGAAAACACCAUACAGCAAUUUUAGGAUGACAGAAAUGGUCAAAAUCAGUUCUGUUCAGUUUAAUGGAAAAGGAACGAAACAGAAAUUGACCUUCCCACCAGCCUGCUUCUUUAGUUUUAACCAGCCGUCAGUUACAGCUCCUUUCAGAGCUAUGAGUUUGUGCUCAGAUGCUUUUGGAAAGUCCAGGUGUUGGAACAUACUCGGUAGUCUGUUUUAUGUGUUUCAUUUCCUUUACAUUCUCCUUAGAAUCCAUUAACAGGAGUAUGCAUGUACACAUAUGUGCCAACAAGGAGAAGCCAUCACUCUUCGUACAGCCUCAUCCCGCUGCGCUGACAUAUCAUUUUAGAACCAGACUGCACAGGCUACUUAAAGGAUAAAUCCCAUUUAUUACAACUUGGUCUUAUUUUUCAUAUUUUCUAUCAGUAAAAAUCACAUUUUACUCACCAAAUUAAUUAUUGAGACCACAGAACACAGCGACAUCAGUAAAAAGAAGUCAGACUGGCCAAGGAACGCGAGCAUUCAGGUGAUCGGUCCAGUUUUAAACAAACCUCCAGGUUAGUCGACCAUUAUUGGAAGAGAAAACCAGGCAAACAGUACAAUUAUCACCCAAACUGUCCAUUUUCAAACAUCAAUCACAGUUUAACGACUUACCUCCUGGUUCAACUUUGAUCUACUGUACUUGCCGUAGUUGUGCGCACAGUUUCCCUCUACAAUAAGGGAAUGUCACCAUUUCAGUUUUACCUCCAAUUAAAGCGGUAUCCAGCAAUUUCAUGCUGCACUUCCAUAAAGUUCGGGGACUCACAGGAGACAGAUCAGAAAAGGAACGGUCCAAAUUUGAGCAGCAGAGGGCGAGAUAUCUUGCCUUUUAGUCUCUAGUAUGAGUCAAGCUCCAGAAAGGCUGAUGACAUCAUCAGGGUUAUGUUUUCACACUUUGGAAAGCUCCUCCAGAGCAACAGAAGACGUUACACAGCUCUUCAAAGGCAGAGUUCCUUGUGAUGAGUAAACUGAACUUCACGUGUAAAAUCCCCUUUAGUGUGUUAAAGUGCCGCUUUAAAGUGGUCUCGUCUUUCCUGCCCUUUCAGACUUUGUUGUAGUGAUGUCACUGUGUUCCUAGAUCUCAGCAAUGACUUAAAUGAGUACAAUAUUAUCUCACCUGAUAGAAAUGUUGGACAAAACUAUGAAAUUAAGACCCAAGCUGUAAUAAACCAGAAUUAUCUUUUAAGCUGUGUGUGUUAUUCUUAUCUGUAACAUUCAUACUAUCAGUGUUCAGUUGCAACUCAGUGGGUAUAACGUAUUAAUAUCUUUGUUUAAGAUGCUUUAGGGAAGCCAGGUCUACAUUUGAUCAGUUAAUGAUGAUUAAUGAAUAAAUAUGCUGCUCACACAGCAGAAUCCAUCUCAGUCUGUAAGCAGCAUGAGAGUCCCAUCAGUACAACCGUAGGGAAUAGGACGUGUCCCCGAGAGAGGGCGAGCACGUGUUUCUGAGCUCCAGGCUGAGAAACGAGUAGCAGUCUGUUUGGAACUCCAGCUUUAAUGAGCAUUCUGGCUGCAGGUUUACGAAACAGCCUGGCUCGCCUGAAGGUAAAUUGGACUAAGUCAGAUCGAGUGCCACUGGAUGCGAGUUCACCUGCAAAUCAUUUGGGAAUCACUUCCUCUUGAAAGUAAUAGGGCCCUUAUACUUGCUUUGCUUUUUGUUGCUAGUAGCAUAUGCUAACAGGGGAUGUCUGCCAGUGUGAUCAUUAAAAAGCCAUUUGAAGCGUGGCACUCAUUUGCUCCAACUUUAAACCCUUUCAGCUGUCGAUGCCCAGGAGUAUUAACAAACACACUCUUCACCGUGUGAAUGGAAAGCAGCACCGCGGCAGGAGCACGCAGCCGUCACUGUGUGUCCACCUGAUUCCCUUUGAUCUCCCGUCAAAUGUUCCACCGCGCUCUGUAGAUAGUGCUUCUCCCUUCACAGGUACAGUAACAGCAUCAAACUCUGCUCCCACUGCUUCUUCCCUCAUGAAUUUCUAAAAAAAAAUGUUCUGAAGUCCUCUGAGCUGUCAGCAGGAGGAGGCUUUGUGUUUCCACACAAGGGAAGGGAACGUUCAAAAGGUUAGAACAGCAUCACACUCUAGGGCUUCUUUCUAAUUGGCUGAAUUUCCACUUCUUCUUUUUUUAAUCUAUAGCUCUGUCAUGCAGCCAGUGGCAUAAAAGUGGCUAUUGCUUAUAACAUAUGUGAUGUAUUAUGAUUUGAGAGUGGUUCACACAGGAAACAAAUGACACACUUUUCCUAUAAAUUGAGGCCACCUGAUUCUUGUUUCUUGAAGAUAUUCCAAGAAACACAUCCAUCCUGCGUGAGCCGACUUGGAUUCUGUUGUGAGGUUUUGUCAGAAGAACACCAAGUCAAGCGAAUCCAGGCGGAGAGGAUAGCAUUGGCCUUAACAGAAAAAAUAUCAUUUCCAGAGCUCAGCAGAGUCGACGAGUGUAUUUAUUACAUGGACGAUGGAGGCUGCGUAGCGUCCUAUCACGAAAUGCAAGGAUUUUAUUUAGUUUUGUCAAGGUUUCUUCCAUCAAUUGUAAUGAUCUGGAUGCAGGUGUGAGAAUGAAACAUGCCUUUUUGAAUAAAGAGGUUGGAAUAACA